AGAAGAAGAAGAAGAAGAAGAAGAAGAAGAAGAAGAAAAGAAAAAAAAAAAGGAAAAGACAAGGUUUACUGAGCAUGAUGACUACCUCAUGGAGCGACCAUCUGCAGAAUUAUGCCGACCUACCAGCCAACAUGGACGGUGUAGCCAUGAGGAAGUAUCGACGUGAAGCACAUCACAGAGUGUUUGUCAACCGAAGCUUAGCCAUGGAGAAGAUGAAGUGUUUUGGUUUUGAUAUGGAUUACACUCUGGCAGUGUAUAAAUCACCUGAGUAUGAGUCGCUGGGAUUUGACUUGACAGUGGAGCGUCUGUUGUCCAUUGGAUAUCCACAAGAGCUGCUCAACUUUGUCUAUGACCCUUCCUUCCCCACCAGAGGGCUGGUGUUUGACACAGUGUAUGGUAAUCUGCUAAAAGUGGAUGCCUAUGGGAACAUCCUGGUGUGUGUGCAUGGGUUCAACUUCUUAAAGGGGCCUGAUAUAAGAGAGAUGUACCCCAACAAAUUUAUUCAACGUGGAGACACAGACCGGUUUUACAUCCUCAACACACUCUUCAACCUGCCUGAAACCUACUUGUUUGCUUGCCUGGUUGACUUCUUCACUAACUGCCCCAGAUACUCAAGUUGUGAGACUGGCUUCAAAGAUGGUGACCUUUUCAUGUUCUACAAGAGCAUGUUCCAUGAUGUCCGAGAUGCUGUGGAUUGGGUUCAUUUAAAGGGCUCCUUAAAAGAAAAAACUGUUGAAAACCUGGAGACGUAUGUGGUAAAGGAUUCAAAGCUUCCUCUCCUCCUCAGUCGCAUGAAUGAAGUAGCCAAAGUGUUUUUGGCCACCAACAGUGAUUACAAAUACACAGAGAAAAUAAUGACCUACCUGUUUGACUUUUCUCAUGGCCCAAAGCCUGGAAAACCCCACCGGCCCUGGCAGUCUUACUUUGACCUGAUUCUGGUGGAUGCCCGGAAGCCUGUGUUCUUUGGAGAAGGAACAGUGCUGCGGCAGGUCGACACUACCACAGGUCGGCUGAAGAUCGGCACAUACACCGGACCACUCCAGCAUGGCAUUGUUUAUUCCGGAGGAUCUUCAGACAUUGUGUGUGACUUGCUGGGUGCCAAAGGAAAGGACAUCAUCUACAUUGGAGACCACAUCUUUGGUGAUAUUCUCAAAUCCAAGAAGCGUCAGGGCUGGAGGACUUUCCUGGUGAUACCUGAGCUGGCACAGGAGCUGCAAGUGUGGACUGACAAAAGCUCCAUAUUUGAGGAGCUUCAGUCACUGGAAUGCUUCCUGGCAGAGCUUUACAAACAUCUGGACAGCAGCAGCAACGAAAGGCCUGACAUCAGCUCCCUGCAGAGACAGAUUAAGAAAGUGACUCAUGACAUGGACAUGUGCUAUGGCAUGAUGGGAAGUCUGUUUCGCAGUGGCUCCCGUCAAACACUGUUCGCCUCCCAAGUGAUGCGCUAUGCUGACCUGUAUGCUGCCUCUUUCAUCAACCUGCUCUACUAUCCUUUCAGUUAUCUGUUCAGAGCUGCACAUGUACUGAUGCCUCACGAGUCAACAGUGGAGCACACCCACGUCAAAGUCAUUGAUACAGAGUCUCCACUUGCCACACGAAACCGCCACGACAUCGACUUCAAGGAGUUGAAGUGCAAACAGCACCAGCUGAACAGAUCAAUAAGCGAGAUCCAGCCUCCCCAUUUCUUCCCUCAGUCUCCUCAGGAGAUCACACACAGCCAUGAUGAGGAUGACGAUGAGGAGUAAAAUAAGAAGUCUUUGUCUCACUUUAGUUCAUCUGCUUUGAAAGUUCGAAGUUCAUCUUUUUGUAUAUCUAUAGGGCUGAGUCUGACUGUCAGAUCCACAUGUUAAUUUGUUGAUCCAUUUUUACAUGUAGUACAACACUGUCUAACAAUCUGGAUCUGGUCUACAUGUAGAUUCAAAGGGACUUACUACCUUACUGGUAACUGUACCUGAUCCAACUAAUUCACAAUAAUAAAGUGUAUAGAGUAUUAUAAGAACAAGAUGUGAGACAAACUGACAGAGUGGAAGAGAAUAUCUAUACCUUAUUUGGGUAGAGCAGCUGUUGGUAACUGGAUCCUCCUGGUUCUGCUUGGUUUGUUAAAUGUUCUGCUUCAUUCAGUUUAUCAGGAAAGAGGAUCCACUCUUCAUUUGUUUUCAUUUGCAUUUUCAGUGUAAAUAGGUCACUGCCCUGUUUCUUACUCCUGCAUCAUACCUGUAACUUAAAGAUGUGCCUGAGGUUAAGAUGCUACCCCAAACUAAUUUAAAUGAAUGAGAUUUGUCAAAUACUGUCACACAUAUUUUUGUUCUUCCAAAGACUACUCGUCCAAUGUAGGGAUGUGAUGCUAUGAUAAGGUAUUUAAGCUCAAGUAGAGUUCAACAGAAUAAAUAAUAAGUUAUUACUUCUUUCAAGGAGAUUAUAGUUUCACCUGGCCAUUACCAGCUCAUUGUUGGUUUGUUUGUUAGCAGAUUAUGCAAAAACUACUGAACAGAAUUCAACAAAAUUUGGUGGAAGGUGGAGACAUGGGCCAAGGAAGACAGCAUUACAUAGUCAGGUGUGAAUUCAGGAAUUUCUUUCACUUUCUUUAACAUUGCAAGACAGGGCCUUUGACUUAUCACAGAUUUCCCAAGGACUCAUUCAUUGAUCUCAAUGAAAAAAGGCGCAUUUAGGGGACUGAUAUCUAUGACGGUGAGCACAACUCUGGAUAAGCACAACACAGUUCAGCAACAAAUCAAAAUGUUUUCAUCAUCUUGUUUUAUCAUAAACUUGCCGACUCACGUGCUCACAGACAGUUUCACCUCUUUAAUAACCCAGUUCUUCCCCUCAUUGUUGUACAAUAUUCAGAUAUUCCAUGGAAUAAGACUUGAGGCAAAGUUAUCACCCUGACAUCUACCAUACAUACAAUGGCAAUAGAGGUAAUGUGGAUCUUUCCACAAUGCACUGUUAAACGGUUAUGGUCUUAUUCACCACACUUUCAGCUGAUACAGUGAACGUGAAUGAGAAUGUUUGUUAAAGAAUUAAUUCUGAUCAAUCAUUUUUUUUCUUAUGUUCCGUUAUAAAUGUUGCACACUACCUGAUAAGUUUGAAUAAAAACCUGAACUUA